UCCUUAAUAUUUUUCCAACUAAGGUUGUUUGUUUCUCCAAAGACUUUGUCGUUUUCUCUCUCUAAAAAUUCUAGAAAGAGAGAACACAGAGCAGAGCGUGUGGGAUCAUCAGAGUAGAGCCACAUUCAAUUUUCCAAUUCAUCUUCAGCCUCCUCCUUUUGACUUUUCAAUCCAUUUUCUAGAUUUAUUCUUCUGUUUUUCACACGUUCAAAGAUCCUUGUACCUUUGUUCCUGUUCUUUGUUUUGUCGCAUGAAACAAAAGAUCUAUGUCUGUUCUUUGAGUUUUUGAUACAUUUUCAGAUUUUUCUCAUCUAGAAAAAAAUUUAUGACCCAGAAAUUAAAAUCAUCAAAGUUUGGAUUUUUAUUAUUGAUUGAUUCAAAUUUCGAUAAUGGGUUGCGCAAAUUCCAAGCAAAAGCGAUGUAGACAUUGCAACAAUCCCUAUUCGCCAGUUCCAAGAAGCUAUUCCAUGCAUGUUCAUCACCCACCUAAUCAUCAAUCACAAGAUGAGGAUAAUGAUGAUGAUAGUUACCAUGUUGUGGCUCUCACAUCAACCACAUUAGGUAAUCUCAAACUCAAUUCCCCUUCUAGUUUCAAUGGUGUUCAUCAUGAUUUUAGAUUCUCUAAUGGUAAAGUUGAAGAGAAUGGGAGUUUUAGGUUUGAUAGAGAAAGUUUAAUGCAAAAACUCAACAAGGAGAGGGAAAAGGAGAAGAAGGAAUUGGAAAGGGGUGAGAAAGUUGAGGAUUUUUCAUUGGGGUUGGUUGAAGCUAAGACUUGGUCUAAUAUGAUUGAAGAAAAGUUAACAAAAAUUGUUCCUAUGACUCCAACAAGAACACCACCUGGUGAGCCGGAAACAAUCAAUACAUGGGAGUUGAUGGAAGGUCUUGAGGAUAUUAGUCCUUUUCGAUCGCCGAAUCACUUCAAAAGCUUCUCUUUUGAUGUCAAUGGUGUUCUUGUUGAUGAUAAUUCUGUUGGUGUUGGUGUUGGUGUUCAUCCUCCUAAACCCUUUUGGCAGGAAAUGACAGAGGAUGAAUCGAAACUUAAUCCGGCGAUAUCAGAUUUUGAUCCGGAUGUGAUUUCGUCAUUCAAGAUGUCUUUACAACAAAUCUCUCAUGAUAGUCCUUUUCGCCUUAGGCAGACGCCGAUUCGCGAAGAUAAGCUACGGUGUGAUGAUGAUGGUGAUGAUGAUGAUGAUGAUCUUUUUGAGAAUGUUAAGGUUGGUGGAAAGGAAAAGGUGGUUUUGUAUUUCACAAGUUUGAGAGGGGUGAGAAAGACUUAUGAGGAUUGUUGUCAAGUGAGGAUGAUUUUGAGAGGGUUAGGAGUGAAAAUUGAUGAGAGAGAUGUGUCAAUGCAUUUAGGGUUCAAGGAAGAGUUAAGAGAGCUUUUAGGUGAUUUGUAUGGUGGAGGAAGAUUGCCAAGGGUUUUUGUUGGUGGAAACUACAUUGGUGGAGUUGAGGAGAUUGAGAAAAUGCAUGAAGAUGGGAAGCUUGAGAAAUUGUUGGAAUGUUGCGAGAAAAUCGAGGAUAGUUGCGGUGAAUGCGAGAAUUGCGGUGAUAUAAGGUUUGUUCCGUGUGAAACUUGUUUUGGAAGUUGUAAAAUCUACCACGAAGGCCAUGACGACAACGAUGAUAAUGAAGAAGAAGAAUAUGAUGAUCAUGAUGAAGAAGGUGAAUCUGGAUUUCAACGUUGCCCGGAUUGUAACGAAAAUGGACUAAUUCGUUGCUCUGUGUGCUGCUACUAGUUUUUGUUUUCAAUUCCAGGUGAUUUUUAGUACAUGUUUGAAUGAUCAGACUCAGUUUAUCGAAAUCACGGUGAAUCAUAAUGAUACUGUGAUUUCGUCGAACUGAGUAUGAUUUCAAACAUGCACAUAGUGACCAAAUUUUGAGUUUUAUCAUUAAGGGUCAUUUUGAUUUUUUAUUUGGUGAGUUUGUGUUGUAUAGUUGAGUCUUUGAUAUGGUGGAUAGAGUGAAUUACUUGUUCUAAUCAUUCCCUCUGCAACAUCAGUGCAAUUUGCUGCAAAGUGUAUACUUUUCAUUUUUUUCAGAAAAAAGAAAAAAAAGAUAGAAAGGUUGUAUACAAUUCCCUUUCAUGUAUAACUCAAAAGAAUUGCAAAAGAGAAUUAUAAAUACAAAGGUUGUUUAUAGUUAA